AUGGUCACUACAACAAUACAAGAGAAUAUUGAUUUAAUUCAAAAAGUAAACUUAAAACAUACUUCAAUUGAUCCUAAUCCUGACUCACGUCAACAAGAAAUUAUCAAUAAUUUACUUCUUCUAGCUCAAAAAGAACAACAAAAGGGUAAUACUUCAAUCACAUCAGAUAAACUUGAUAAAUUAACCAGUUUACUAGCACAACAACAACAACAACAACAACAAAAGUUACAAAGUCGAUCACAACCAUUAUCAACCCCUACUAAGGCUAAAUUACCUCCAAAACCAAAAUACCCUUCAGUAUUUAAUAAAUUUGAUAUUAAUAAAUCAUCUCACAACAAUCGACAAGAACGAGGUCAAUCUCCAGUGAAGAAACCCAAGUCAGGGAGUAAACCUAAUAAUAAUAAUAAACCUAUAAAAUACUAUAGACCAAAUACAUUUAGUUUGAAAAAAAUAGAAUUUAUGUUUGUUAAUAUUUUAGAAAAUCUUGCCAAUUUAUUAGAUAAUUUACAUUUAUUAUCAAAUUUACCAAUGUUCCCACAAUUUUUAAAUCGAUUUUUAAAACAAACCAAUAAAAUUUGGGUAUUAAUAUUGGUUUUUUUAAUCAGGAAAACCAUAUCUCAAUUACUAAAUGUAAUACGUAAAAUUAGAAAAGUUAAUAUUGAAGUUGAUUUAUUAAAUUCUACUACCACCACCAAAAACAAGACUGGAAUAAAUUUUAUAAAUGAAGAUUUAAAUAAAAAAUACAAAAAAGUAUUAAAAGAUUUACGAUUUGAUAAAAUGAUGCUUAUUAUUGAAUUAAUUGGGAAUUUCUUAGAUUUAACAUUUAAUCUUAUUGAAUUAUAUGGAAUUGCUUUGCCUGAUUGGAUUAUGAGUUUAUUGAAUUUUGCAAGUAUGGCAAUGACAAUUUAUAGAAUGAAUAAAGAUGAUGAAUAUGUUGAUGAUGAUAUAACUGAUGAUUUGAUUUGA